AAACUGAAGAUCGACAUACACAGGUCCUGGCUCUUCUUCCCAUGGCACAGGUUGUACCUCUAUUUCUACGAGAGGAUCCUUGGUAAUCUCAUCGACGACGACACCUUUGCACUUCCGUUUUGGAACUGGGACGCGCCCCACGGCAUGACCCUCCCGGUGAUGUACACCAGUGAGUCUUCGCCACUCUAUGACUCUAAGCGUAACCCCGUGCACCUGCCACCGGCCAUUGUCAACCUCGACUACAACCACAAAGACUACCACUCCGGGACCGACCACAAGAUCACAACAGAAGACCCGAUCAAUCUGAACCUCAAGCUCAUGUACCGUCAGAUGAUUGCUGGGGCCAAGAAGACUGAGCUAUUCCUGGGGACGUCAUACCGCGCUGGCGAAGAACCGCGAGGCCCAGGUACCAUCGAGUGCGAGCCACACAACACAGUCCACGACUGGACCGGUGAGUCGAAGGAGCCCAGCGAAGACAUGGGCAACUUGUACUCCGCGGCACGCGACCCGGUCUUCUUCGCGCACCACGGCAACGUCGACCGCAUGUGGAAUGUCUGGCGCUGCCUUGGCCACACCGACUUCACCGACACCGACUGGCUUGACAGUAACUUUCUGUUUUACGACGAGGAGGCCCGCCUUGUCCGUGUCCACGUCCGUGACUGCCUCGACACGCUGGCCUUGCGC